CAGGAUGCACUUCUAGUAGGUAACUGCAGGACACCGCCAUGUCACCGAGACCGGCACGCUUCAUGGUCCUGCUGUGCAUCGCCGUCGGUGUAGCCACAGAUGAUCACCCGCCAGUACAGGACAACAGUACUGGCGAGAUCCUGAUGCUGGAGUUCCCGGGACAUCCUCCCGCGUACUGCGGCUACCAGUAACAUCCAAAGGUAGCGAUCGCUGGCUCCUCCUUGAGGUUCACCGUGGUCCAGCGCGGUGAGGACGGGCGCGGAGUCAGAGACACCUACUACUGCGUGCUCGCGGGCGACGAGGUCGACUUCAAACAGCUGGCCGAGGACAACAUGGUAACCGUCCGGCGAGGAGCUUUCACAGACGGUGAGCCGGCGCUGGAGCUGGGGCGCGUGCACUGCGUGUUGCAGCCCGCUGCCUCGGUGCCCGCCGGCGUCUUUGACUUCCGCGCGACGCGCCUCGCUUCGGGGCUGCCUGCCUUCCUCUGCCUUCGUCUGGACGCUGCCAGGACCCUCGCUGAGCCGCUGGUGGAGAGGGCUGCGCCGCCGGUGGGGGACGCACUCGUCUUCAGGUUCAUCCGCGUUAAGGUGCCGGAUCUAGUAUGCCGUCCAUUUUCGGACGUUCCUCUGUCGGAGUCGGACAUCGAAGUGGAACUUUUUGGUUUCUUACAUCCAGCCAGUGGGCCACUCAACUGUCGUUUCCGGCGUGUUUACGAAGGCCCGCCUGCUGUCGAGCUGCUCAACAGACUGUCACAGGAGAUGCGCGCGCAGCUGGUGAUCCGCCCAGACCUGCUCCCGACACUCACCCUGCCCAACUUCACGUGCCAGGCAGCGACACGAGCGGACCAGCCGGCCCCUCCUGCAAAUGAUCUGUCACCAUCAUCAUCGCCUGCCUUCGCCGUGACCGGCCCCAGCAGCCGGUGGGCUCUCUGCUGGACGCCUCUCGAGCAUGCGCUAGAAGACGUGGCCUUCGAGUUCCCGAACGUCCCUCGCAUCAGCUGCAGAUCUCGCCAAGUCCCUGCCAUCUCCAGCCUCAACGACACCGAGUUCUACUUCGUCCUCCAGCUGGGAUCUUCCUCGCGGCUCCAGUGUCGAAUCGCUGGGUUUCCGAAAUUUGAAUCAGCAGAUGCGGAGGCUCGGCUACACGAGAUGCUGCAGAAGUCCUCCAGAGAGAUGGGGGCAACUCUGCGGCCUGAGGACGGCGUUCUCGUGCUGGAAACGCCACCCGCCGCGUGCGUGGACUUCCCCGCCUACCCUGGUUCUUCUCUUUCCGACGGCGCUCAGUUCAUCUCCUCUUUCCGCGGCAAGACUCAGCUCUGUGUGCUGGCGAAGCGCGAAGCCUCGUCUCGCCAGCCGAUGCCUUUCGCAGCCUGACAAAUUUGCGGGCCGGUUACCAAUCGCUUAACUUAUCAUUGCUUCAGAGAUCAACUUUAGAAAACUGUUCUGAGUCCAAAUUUUAUUUCAUUCGUUACUGUGUUCCCAAUUUUAAAGUUUGUAAAUUUGAUUCUGUGUGGUUUUCUGUAAUUGUUAUUUUAUUUUCCACUUGCGAGAUAAAGCUGUUUUAUUUUCCUCUUGUAAGGUAAAGUGCAGAAAUAAAAAAUAAUAAGAUUUGUGGACGGCACCGUCAUUCCAGCAGAGGCAGCCAUGGACUUUGAAGAUCCGUUGAACCUUGUAAACUUCACUACUGAUCCCAUCGCUCAACAAAGCGUUACAAGCCUGUGGCAUAGAAUUCUUGUGGCAGCUAGGCAAGUUGAAAAAGAGAGAGAGUGAGAGAGAAGUGAUAGAGUGAUAUAUUUACGUACGUGUGAUAAAUCUCCUUUACCCCAAAAAUAUUUCUCUCUUUCACAGCUCCUUUGCGUUACCACAGGUAACGUGUCACUGAUCGCAUUUGUACUAAGACUGCAGUACACGCGAGUUGCCUAUUUGCUUCCACCAUCCAGAAUAGAAUGCAUAAGUUCCAAUAAAAAGUUCACCAACCUGCAGUCUUCUACAGUUAUUUUAUCCUGCGCAGAAAACAGCACGUAGGUCGUGAGUCCGUAAUCUUGAGGUUGUAAGAAAACUGUUAUUUUAGAAAUGAUUAAAUUUUCAAUCAGUUUGUUUAUACGAGAUGCCGCUCGCUUUUUAUUGGCAGAACACGAGAAACCGCACAGUUACAAUCCUUUUAGAGUCACAAAUGAUUUCUACUCUUCAACAAAUUAAUGAACUGUAUAUUUCCGUAAUUAAUAUUACACUGUCCUCAACUAUAUGUCCAAAUAGCCGUACAUUGCUAAUAAAGUCUUAACUAACACUGACUGUGGCAGACAUGUCUGUCCUUGGAGGCUUCCAAACCAACUCUUACAGCCGAAUCACUUCGCUUGCCAUCCAAGUUAGGCACGAUACAAAGACCACCGAAGUGCUUCGUCUGCCUUUUCGUUUCGCAGAUGUUUAUUACUCUGCUGGUUAUAAAUACUUGUUAAAUAAUGGAAUGAUAGCACGCUGUUGAGAGAUUCUGUAAAUAAAACGUGUAAGCAAA